CUGAUCUGGGGUAGAUUUCUGGAUACAGCCAGAUUAUACAUAAGAAGAUGAAGGUCUUUUUGGCUGUUAGCCUAGCUCUGCUUUGUGCAGGGGUCUUGGCUGAUCAUCAUAAACAUGGUAAAGACAAUGGCCAUAACGGCCAUGACCACGGAGAUCAUGGCCAUGACCAUCACAAUGGUAAAGGAAAAGACCAUGAUCACAAGCACCACCACCAUUCUGAUGAACACAUGUCUUGCCACAAAAUAGCUCCAUUCAAUGCCCAAUUUGCUUUCGAAUUCUACAGGCAAGUGGCUGUAGACCAUCCAUCGGAAAACAUUUUCUUUUCUCCAGUGAGUAUUUCCACUUCACUUGCUUUGCUCUCAUUAGGUGCAAAAGGCCAAACUUUAAACCAGAUUGUAGAAGGUCUGGACUUUAACACAACCGAAAUAUCAGAGGAGGAUAUCCAUAAAGGUUUCCAGCAUCUCCUUCACAUGCUCAAUGACCCAGACAGUGAAUUGCAGCUGAAUAGUGGAAAUGCCCUCUUCAUCCGCAAUAACCUGAAGCUAAUCCAGAAAUUCUUAGAAGAUGUUAAAAAUAUCUAUGGCUCAGAAGCUUUUUCUACAGACUUCCAAAAUACAGAGGAAGCGAAAAAACAGAUUAACAGCUAUGUGGAGAAGAAAACUCAUGGCAAAAUCACUGACCUGCUCAGCAGUGUUGACGAAAGCACUGCUUUAAUUCUUAUUAACUACAUUUACUUCAGAGGAAAGUGGGAUAAGCCUUUCGAUGAAGAGUUAACACAGGAUGGAAUCUUCUACGUGGAUGAGAACACCAAUGUGACAGUGCCAAUGAUGCGCAGAACUGGCAUGUACAAUGUGGCAUUUGAUAGAAAACUGGGCUGCACUGUGGUACAGAUCCCAUACAAAGGGAAUGCAUCAGCACUCUUUAUUUUACCAGAUGAAGGGAAGCUCAAACAGGUGGAAGCAGCGCUAGAAAAGCCAACAAUAAUGUCCUGGAAAAAGCUGUUUAGAUAUCAAUCUGUACGAUUAUCUAUUCCCAAAUUCUCAAUUUCGGCAGAACUGGAUCUUAUAGAGGUGUUUAAAAAACUUGGAGUGACAGAUGUUUUUUCAGAUGAAGCUGAUCUUACUGGAAUUGUGGAAGAAGCUAAACUCAAGGUGUCUAAGGCAGUUCAUAAGGCUGUUUUGAGUAUUGAUGAGAAAGGAACAGAGGCUGCAGCAGCUACCGCUUUUGAGAUUAUGCCCAUGAUGCUCCCACCAAACAUCCAAUAUAAUAGGCCUUUCCUGUUGACUAUUUACGAUAUGGAGACAAAACACACCCUCUUUCUUGGAAGAAUUGCAAACCCUAAGAAUUAGUUUAGAGUACAUGUCAUUGUUUGUGCAAUAAAAUAACAUAUU